AUGACUUCCAAUACCAUGGAUUCCGAGUUUGCAUACUUAGAAUCUAUUCAACAAUACCUACUUGGAUAUGAUUCAAAAAAUCUGAUCGAUGUUUCAAAACCUAAAACCCUCAAAUCUGCAUCUCACACCUCAUUUUCAAACCCUAAUUGUGAUGGCAAUUUGGAUAACAUUCAUGCAAUGGUUAAGGUCGCGCGUGAUGUUCACGCGCCGCCAACAUGGAAGCAUUAUAGGGGCGUGAGGCGGAGGCCGUGGGGGAAGUUUGCGGCGGAGAUCAGGGAUCCGAAGAAGAACGGAGCUAGGGUUUGGCUUGGGACUUAUGAAAAUGAAGAGGAGGCAGCUUUGGCUUAUGACAAAGCUGCUUUCAAUAUGCGUGGCCGAAAAGCCAAGCUGAAUUUUCCUCACCUAAUCGGCUGUGACGUGGCGCCGGAGCCGGCGAGAGUGGCGGCUUCCAAGCGGAGGUUAUCGGAAAGUCCUCCGCCGUUGUCGUCGCCGCCAUCUUCGGAGGAUGGUUCAACUUCACAAGGGACAAAGAGGAGGAAGAAGAAUCUAGCUGAUCUACUGAAUAAGUUAGCCAAGAAUAGAGGAAGCCAAGCCAAGGUGGUUGAAAUGGGGUUAGAGGAAAAUGUUGAUCAAUGGUUGAACAUGAAUGACCUCAAUGAUUUUAGUCUAGUAUGGUGUUCAUAG